AUGUGGGUACCAGACCAGUUAGGAAGUGUUGAUAUGAAGGUUUCUCCUGAUUCCGCGAAGCCAGCCCAGGCACCGGCACUGGCAGCGAAUCCCGAAUCCCCACGGGUUCGCAAUGAUAACCCACGGACUACUGCGGCUGGGUUCGAUCCCGAGGCAUUGGAGAGGGGAGCUAAGGCGCUGCGAGAAAUUAUUAGUUCUGCGCAAGCCAAAAAGGUUUUUGAGGUAAUGAAGAAGCAAGAAGAGACUAGGCAGACGAAAUUAGCUGCAAAUUUGGCAGAGUUCAAAGCAAUGCAAACUCGAGCUGAAACUGAGAGACAACGAGUGGUAUAUGAUGAACAGAAAAAGCUAGCUCAGCAACAAGCUCAAAUAAAAUCCCAGAUCGCUAGUUAUGAAGAUGAAUUGGCAAGGAAGAGGAUGCAGGCAUGA